AUACUAUUGGACAAUUGAGCUGUCUGUCAGUGGACUGUAGAGCUGUGCUGAAUGGCAACGGUUUGCUAUAUCUCUGUACGUACGCGUCAAAAUGGGCAAAAUAUCCAGUUGACGCAGUGAAUUUACAGCGUUAUGUAAAACGCGACAGAACUGAUAGUUAAAGGAUUUGAAAAGAAGGUCUCUGUAAUUGUAAAACGGUGAAGUUAAGAGAGAGUCAGAGUUUAAGUCGCGAAUGGCUUUCGACUCAGUGGGCAGCGACAGAGCCGGAGGAGAGGCUGCGUGGAUCAUGCAUCAGCACAUGCAGUCCGAUCCCAAGUCCUCCUGGCCUUCAGGCUACAACUCAGAAAACAAUAACUGGAAUAACGGCAUGGAAUCACCGUAUCCUGGGUACCCCAACUAUUGGUACCCGCAGUCGCACACAGCGGGACCGUACAGCAACACAUACCCACCUGGAACGGAGGUGAACGGACAAGCUCCAUACAAUCCCCAGGCAAUGUCAGCCUGUCCCAACGGAGUGUACAAUCCGGGACAAUACCCCACGAAUAUGCUACAUCCUUCAAAUCAGUUCUACUGCAGCGAUCAGGUUCCUUCAAGACAACCUCAGUAUCACAACCAGUCCUGCUCUGAUCAAAACGCAGGGGGCUCAGCUCCUCCCCCUUAUCCUGUGUCACACUGUCAAGCGGCUCCUGGCUACCCUCCAGGAUCUUAUCAACAUUACGGAGAGGGAUGCGCCCCUAAUCCGCCCUACACCAACCAGCAGCCCAUGCUCACGAGACCCGAGCACGAGGCCUGGUCCCAUUCCGGAGGAUAUGGGCCCACCCCUCCCCAACAGCAAUGGCCGCCCAAUACCCAGACACCCCAUGGGCACUAUGGCAACCACCAUGUACGACCACCUCACCCUCCGCCAUGGCAAAGACCUGCACCACCUCCAUAUGAACACAAGGAACCACCCUAUCCCAGCCAGCCUCACAUGCAUCCUCGAAACCAACCACGUUCCAGCACCCCAAACGUCCCCCCGACCAAAUCUGCCCAAUUUAGCGCUCCGCCCCAAAUCUACAACAAGACUCCGUCUGGAAGCGGAGCACUCAAGGGGAGUGCCGAUCCCAAACCGGCUCAGAGCGAACAACCUCCAGCACCAUCCCGUCCAGGGUCGUCCGCCCCAGCCCCACGGAGUGAUAAUCCCAGCCUGGCUCGAGUCCAGCAGGUUCUGGCCAGAGUCCAGCUUCUUCUAGAGGACGUGGAUGAGUUUGUGGGGAAAAAGACGGACAAGGGCUACCGGUGUCUGGAGGAGCUUUUGACGAAAGAGCUGCUGGAACUCGACUCGGUAGAGACGCAAGGGCAGGAUGCCGUUCGACAGGCACGUAAAGAGGCCGUUCAGAGGAUCCAGGCGAUCUUGGACCAUCUUGAGAAAAAGGCUUUCUGAAGGGGGGAUUGAUUGUGGUUCUGGUCACAUUGAUUUGUUGUUUUUGAUUUCACGGUUUAGGAUCUUCAGGGUUUGCCAGUCAGUCGCUUUAAUUGUCCAAUAGUGUGUGUUGUUUUAAGGUUGUCCACUCUUAUCAUAGCAGUGCCAUACUCUAACCCGUCUUCUGCCAUCCAGCAAAGGAGCAAUGGUUGUCUGACAUCUGCUCAGUUACUGUAUAUGUAAAUCUCUGCCCUUGCAUGUCAUCGUCUUUCUUUUUUCUUUAAGUCCGUCCAAAAAAGAUAAAACGGCAGAUUUGAGCAGGGGGGAUCAGAGCUUCCUUUACUUCCUUUGCACUUUGAUUUUGACAGUAUUGUUUACUACUGCUAGUACAAAAUUACAUCCUCGAUUUGAAUAAAAAAAAAAAAAACAUCUUGGUUGAUGAAAAAGUAAGGUCAGUCGUUUGGUAACUGUUUCACUCGUUUAUUUUGAUUUGUUACACACGUGUUUUUCUUUAUGGAUUUGUAUUUAACUCUCACAUGCUAGUUUUUGAUCUUGAUCAUCGGUCUGUUCUGUCUAAACUGAGUUUAACAAACAAACAGGUUGGACAGAUCUUAGACGAGCACUCGCACUGCCAUCAGAUCGACAAUUCAUCUCACCUGCUAACAUCUGUCCUUGUCUUUAGUCUCGUUUCUUAAGUCUGCAUAUGGAUUUCCAAGACCCUCUGAAAUCAUUAUUGGGGUUGUGUGGCUUUUUAGACUAUUUGUCAUGUACUGUAUAUUCUAGAGUAGGCAAUCUUCCAGGGUCAUGGACCAAAAAUGUAUUUUUCAAUGGUAACUGCUGACAAGCAAUGGCAACAGCAAAUCGAGGUUUUGGAUCUAAUGUAACCGAAAAAUAAUAUUUAAUAUAAAAGAACAAGCUCUUUUAUGUAUUAUGUCUGCACUUCCUGUUUCAAGAGGUAAAAUGAUAUUCGUUCAACCAUUUCAUAGGUAUUGCAUUGCAUUAGCAGCACAACAGGUUGUGGGUAAAGGGACACAAAUAAACAGUAGAUCAAACAUGUAGACCGCACCUUCAGUGCAUGAUACGUCACUUUGGAUAAAAGUGUCUGCCGAAUGCACAAAUGUCAUUUCAUGGGGUCUUUGCGGUUCAAUUGAAACUAAACUUCACAUCAACCAUUAUUCAUAAGUGCUCCGUCACUUUCUUUGUACACCUGCAUCUCACCUUACAGUAUAAAUCUGUGUUAACACAAUUCGUCAUUUCUUAAGAUUUGGGGGAGUUUGUUUGUUUUCUUUGACCUUGUUAGUGGGACUUUUGAUCUGAAGCUGAUCCAGUGGAUGCAGGCGGUGACUACCAAUACCAUGGCAAAUCUACGGGCCUCACUACAUUGUUUACAGUUUAAUAGGCAUUUUAUAACAAAGACGUUAAAGAAUAACGUACAGUUCAUAUCUGAAGGACUGGAGUGGGGAUGUGGAUUAUGGACAGACCAUCAACACUCCCAUGGAAUUUAAUUGAAGAACCAAGUUCCCUUUAACGUCACCACAUUUAAUACUUUGCACCAAAGUCACAGACAUCCUGGACCGAUCAACAGGUCUUCCUCCUACAACAAAGAUUUUAUUUCUGUUUAUUUCAUAACAAGGAAAAAUGUGCCAUAAUAUCAGCAGGUGCUUUUUCAUGUCACAACACAGAAGUAUAUCAAAUAUAUAUAAAACCUGUAAAUUUACUGAGCUCUGCAUGAAGUGUUAAAAUACAUGUUUAUUUUUUAUUAUUUUAUCUCUCCCUGUAAAUUACAAAUUGAUAUGUAUACCCAAAUUUGUUUGUUGGAUUAACCUUUACAGGAAAAGUAUAUUUGUAUUAGGAAAAUAUUGAAAACUGCGCAGAACAGGAACCAAAAACUUGCCUGAAGUCCCCGAUGUAAUGCACGCAUGAUUUUGGACACAAGAUGGGGCUGUUUCUCCAUAAUGUAGGACUAAAUA